UAGUAUUGAGGGGAAGAAAGAAAACAUGAAGAUCUCAAAAUCUUGUGUAAUCUUGGUUCUUCUCAUAAUAAGCUUUUUAAGUGCACUAGCCUUAGCUCAUAAACAUGAUUAUGAUGAUCACACAUGUAAGCCUAGUGGCAAGUUAAGGGGCAAAAAACCACCAAAAGGGAAAUGCAAGAAAGACAAUUUAUCCGAGUGUUGCAAACAUGGCAAGGUUUAUACAACGUAUGAGUGUUCGCCCAAGAUCACGAACCGAACGAAGGCGAUCUUAACACUGAACGGAUUUGAGAAGGGUAAGGACGGAGGAGCGCCGUCUGAGUGCGACAACAAGUACCACUCAGACGACGUUCCAAUCGUGGCACUGUCGUCGGGGUGGUUCAACAAAAAGAAGAGGUGCAUGAACAAGAUUAGCAUAUUUGGGAAUGGAAGAAAGGUUAAUGCAAUGGUGGUUGAUGAGUGUGACUCUACAAUGGGGUGUGAUUCUGAGCAUGAUUUCCAGCCUCCUUGCCCUAACAAUGUUGUUGAUGCCUCCAGAGCUGUUUGGAAGGCCUUGGGUGUUCCAAAGAAGGAUUGGGGUGGAAUGCAAGUUUUUUGGACUGAUGCUUGAUUUAUACUAAAACUUGGUAAUAAUUUAUAACUCACGUGAAGUUGAUAGUUGAAAAUCGUUAGAUAGUUAUUUAGUUAAAGUUGUCAAAGUAUCUAACAGUUCUUAAAUAUCAACUUUAUAUG